GCUUCCGUCUUCGCCUAGCCUGGGCGGAGCGAUUCUGCAGGCGGGGCGAUUCUGUGGGCGGGGCAAGUCGUCUCUCCGCCAUGGCUGCCUUGCGUGCUCUGCUUCCCCGAGCCCGCAGCUCGCUGUUGUCCUCUGUCCGCUGCCCAGAACUCCGGCGCUUCGCCUCGGGUGCUAACUUUCAGUACAUCGUCACAGAAAAGAAAGGAAAGAAUAACAGUGUGGGGCUGAUCCAGUUGAACCGCCCCAAAGCACUCAACGCUCUCUGCAAUGGCCUGAUCGAGGAGCUCAACCAAGCACUGGAGACCUUUCAGCAAGAUCCUGCUGUGGGGGCCAUUGUGCUCACUGGUGGGGAGAAGGCGUUUGCAGCUGGAGCCGACAUCAAGGAGAUGCAGAACCGGACAUUCCAGGACUGUUACUCUGACAAAUUCCUGAGCCACUGGGACCAGAUCACCCAGAUCAAGAAGCCGAUUAUUGCAGCUGUCAAUGGCUAUGCUCUCGGUGGGGGUUGCGAACUUGCUAUGAUGUGUGAUAUCAUCUAUGCCGGUGAGAAAGCCCAGUUUGGACAGCCAGAAAUCCUACUGGGGACCAUCCCAGGUUCAGGGGGUACACAGCGACUCACUCGUGCAGUCGGCAAGUCCCUAGCAAUGGAGAUGGUCCUCACGGGUGACCGCAUUUCAGCCCAGGAUGCAAAGCAAGCAGGUCUCGUAAGCAAGAUUUUUCCUGUUGAAACACUGGUAGAUGAGGCCAUCCGGUGUGCAGAAAAAAUUGCCAGCAAUUCCAAAAUUAUAGUUGCCAUGGCGAAAGAAUCUGUGAAUGCAGCCUUUGAAAUGACCUUAGCAGAAGGAAAUAAGCUGGAGAAGAAACUCUUCUAUUCCACCUUUGCCACUAAUGACCGGAGAGAAGGCAUGGCUGCGUUUGUGGAGAAAAGGAAGGCCGACUUCAAAGACCACUGAGAGCUGGCACCUAGGCCUUGCGCCGCCCUGGAGAGGAAAGCUCAGCCUGUCGAUUGAGAGGCAAAUAAAUCAUC